AUGGCCCACGUCAAGCUGAACGAGGAUGAGCAGCGCCUACGGAAACUUCUCCUGGGCGCAGCCAACUCCAUCGACAGGGCAGGAAAGGAACCAGUCAUCCUGCGAUGGGCUGGCGGGUGGGUUCGAGACAAGCUCCUGGGGACCGAAAGCAACGACAUUGACGUGGCCAUCAACGUGAUGACGGGCGCCGACUUUAUCACGCACCUCAAGGAGUACCUCAGCGACGCCAAGGUCAUUGCGCACCACCAGCUCAAGGAGGACGAGGUGGGCAAGGUCUACAAUGUGGCGGCCAACCCCGAAAAGUCGAAGCACCUGGAAACGGCCUCGGUCAAGAUCUUCGGCCUGGACCUCGACUUUGUCAACCUGCGAAAGGAAGUGUACAGCGACAUCAGUCGCAACCCGACCAUGGAGUUUGGCACGAUUGAGGAAGAUGCGGAACGGCGCGACGCUACCAUCAAUGCACUGUUCUACAAUCUCGGCACCGACCUGGUGGAGGACUAUGUCGGCGGGCUGGCAGAUCUGCGAAAUGGCAUCAUUCGAACACCCACCGAGCCUCUUCAGACAUUCACGGACGAUCCCUUGCGCGUCCUUCGCCUUGUCCGGUUCGCGAGCCGAUUGCAAUUCGAGAUUGCUGAGGAAACUACGCUGUUCAUGGGCAACGCAGGUGUGCUCGAGUCCUUGCGCGUGAAAAUUAGUCGUGAGCGGGUGGGCAUCGAACUGGAGAAGAUGUUUCGAGGCAAUUUCCCGCGCAGGGCGCUCUCCUUGAUUGACGACCUUGGUCUUUAUGAGGCCGUGUUCACAGACCCAGCUCAGAGUGCGGCCGUCCCUCCUUUGCGGCGAAAAUGGUCCGUGGCAUACAAGUGUCUUUACGACGUGAUGCAGAACCACUCCCCCAUGUCGAUCUACGAUCUACUCAUCACCAAGAAGGAAGCCGAGUACAUGGCAUGGAACCUCGCCGCACUAUCCCCCUGGAUGACGGCGGACCCGGGCUCCGAAGCCGAGCGCAAAAAGAAGAGAUAUCUGCCGCCACCUGCUAAGAUGGCCUGGGAGGGCUAUCGGGCAUCCAACAAAGUCAGCGAUGUCAUUGCUGCAUCCUUCAACAACCGGGUGGAGAUCAUGGAGCUCAAAGAGGACAUCCUCGCCAUGGCACCCCGAGCCAGUGACAAUGGUAUCGUGGGCAUGUCCCUUCGACGCUGGGAGCUGUCUGGCAGCUCAUGGAAGCUACAAGUUCUGAAUGCCAUUCUCGUGGAUGCCGCCGAAAAGCUGGCUGUAUGGGACCUGGAUAAGAACCACGAUGAAGAGGCCGCAGAGCUGCAGAGGAACUUUCUGAAGGACUGGCAAACCGUGCUCGACUGGCUGAUGGACCUCGACGCUCCAGGGGCCGUCAACGUGAGGCCGUUGCUGACCGGUUUGGAGCUGAGCAAGGCUUUGGGAGUGAAACCUGGGCGGUGGACGGGGGCGGCGCUGAAUGAGUGUGUUCGUUGGCAGCUGCGCCAUCCGGGCGAGACGGAUCCAUCCGCACAGCAGCCAACGACGCUCCACGAGACUGCCGCGACACUCGAGGACAGCGCGAAGAGCAGCGAGUAUGUCCGUGACGCACUCCUCACGUGUCUCGGCACGCUGUCUCACACGCCAGCCACGGCCGCUGACGACGAUACGCGGACCACAGCACUCGCGAGGCUGAGGAAGAGUGCCACCACAGGCCUGGGAGGCACGGCGGUCGCGGAGUAUGUCGAGGGACAAGCCUUGACCGCCGAGGCGGCGCUGGCCUGUCUCGUAGAACUGCAGACCAAGUGGCUGGUCGAAAUUGAUGACGAGUCACUCAGACACGUUCUCGCGUACACGGACGCCGAGGAUGGUUGGACCACGAAGGAGGCUGCUGCCAUGGCCGGCCGGCUGGUCGACGCUGCUCUCCCCAAACACAAGGUGUCGAGCUUCAUUGUGGAGAGCAUCCUACAGAAGUAUCUGCGACCGCUGUUCUCGCAGUCUACUACAAAGGUCACUGCCUCGGGUCGCCCAGUACUCUUCGAGCAAGGCGAGCCGAGGGCUUACAGAGGCCUGGAGACGCCGUCAUGGAAGCGUGGUGGGCUACAGAUCAUAUCGUUGUUCAGAUGGGCUGUGCAGCACGCGGAUGACACUCUGAUACGUGAUCAUUGGCCACUAUUUACGCCUGUCCUUCUCACUCUCAUCGAAGAUGAAGACGCUGCUGUACGGGUACAUGGCCUCGGCACACUCGUUGCCUUCCUUGACAAAUGCCCUUUGCGCAUACUGGCCACCACCGGCAUCGCAAAAGUCUUUGAGGAAUCUGUAUUUCCAUCUUUGUUGUUCCUGCCAACGUUGACGCCGGAAGAGCAAUCUGUUGAGAUCAUCAAGGCCGCCUACAAGGUUCUCCUGAUGCUCGCAAAGAAGGAUCCAGAUACCAAGAGCUCUGUCCGGCGUCACCUAUUGGACAAAACGCUCCGUGAGGGCGUAUUCGCUGCGCAUGAUCAUGCCUCCCAAUACAUGCGUAUAGUCGAGACUCUAAUGACCACGCUGAUAUCUGUGGUCGAUGCGCUGGAAAUCUUUGCGCUCAAGCAUCUACAGAACCUCCUUUCCCUGCUGUCUGCCGUCAUGACUGACCCCUUCGCCCCAGCGCGACCAGCAACAUUGCUCGCAGCGGCCCAAGCAAUGAAUGCUGUUCUCGCUAAUUGCUGGCCCAGAAUUUCCGAGGGAGGGUACGACGAGGAGGUUAUCCGGAUUGUGAGCACCUGCUGGACGAAUCUGCACGACCACGACGCAGCUGCGCUCGACUCCAGCCCAUUGGAACGAGAACUCCGGUGCAUCAUCUCCGCUGUACUCGCGGUCCAGAGAUCUCGGAACCUCCGUGCGGACCGUGCCCUUUCUCUUGAGGACGUCGAAAAGGCCGAGCCAGAGCUCAAGACACUCUGGCAAUGA